ACUCAUCGCCAUUCAAACCUAAGCAAAAAAUAAGUGACAACAUUUUCAAAAUGCAUUUUUGCAUGCGCCAAAUUUCUAUUCAAAACAAAGCCAAGUAUGAAAACGAACUAACAGCGCCCCAAAAGCACAGAAAAUUGCUUAAUUAAUGGAAAAUAAACAGCUGAAAAAAAUCUUUCAAACGGCCCAGUUCAUUAACAUAACAACAAAAUGCUAAAGUGUUUGACAUGCUGUAGAGGAAAGCUGGUAACAUUAGCCAAGCGUGUAGAGUAUCAAGAGCACCAAUCUGCACUGAUUUAUGGCCAGUAAAUGCAAAUAAAUACAAAAAAGCUUUAAAACAGUGUGUAGCUUAUUGACAAAACGGUUAAGCGAGAAACAACGGGUUUAGUGGUGCAACAAUUUUUGAUAUUUUAUGAAGAAAAUCGGUUUUUUUCGCAAUUUUAGCUCAGCUUCCCAAUAGGCACGCGCCUAAACUAUCACCCUGCGAAAACCACAUGGGCGCACUUCAGUUUGCCGGUAAACGUGGAUUGUUGCGCACCGUUAUGCCCUUUUCGUAUUUUCCAAUUUUCGCGCAAUAAACCUGCGUGUUUUUCCGUAAUUAAUUUGUGGCUCAGUACACGAUUGAAUCGGAAAAGUGCCGGCAAGCCAUACAAAAACCUCAAGAUAGGAGCACAAGAACUUCAAGUGACAUGGAUUUCUAUAGGACUUCUUGUAUUUUCGGAUAAUUUUCUUUUGCGAUUAAUUGAGCAAUGUCGCCGCAUCGUUUGUUUGCAACAUGACCGGCCAUUCGGGCAAUAAUGACAGGACGGAAUGCGAAAAGAUAAUGUAAUGGAGGUAUCAUUUUGCCUGCUAAUUCUGGAAGUGACUUUCAUUGUAGUGGGAAAUGCUGUGCAUCCAGGUUGUCAAUGCCUAGUCUUUUCAUCCACUUACGGGAAGGGAACGGGAAUCUUUAAAAGUCCCGAUUACCCGACGCCAUACUCCCCAAACAUCGAUUGCCUUUUAUACAGUUUCGUUGCGGGUCCUGAGGAACUAGCCAAGAUUACAUUUGAGGAAUUUGAUGUCUACGGAGAGAAAACAGACUGCCUGCGAGGAGAUUACGUGAAAGUGUUUGUGCACCUAGACUCUGCCCGAAUAAACGAAUAUACGCCUUGGGAAAGCGUAUACUGUGGCAAUAUAGCCGAUCUUCCCACCGUAAUUUAUUCCUCCGGUCCGGCACUAGUUUUAGAGUUUCACUCGGGAUCAAGAACUAACAACUCACUGGGAUUUAUUGGACAAUUCACUUUCGAGGACAAGCGCCAUUUUCGAACUGACGGCACUUUGCUUUCCAACACAAUGUGCGACUACCAGUUUUCCAGCGCUGAAAGGAAUCAGCCCUACGGGAAGUUUCACUCGCCCCGCUAUCCUUCCAGGUACCCGAAGAACGUCCGAUGCACUUAUACGUUUCAAGCAAGGCAAAGUGAACGCAUACGCAUCGUUUUCGAGGAAGUCGCUUUGCAGAAGGGCGAUCUCAGCUGCUUGAACAAGGCGGAUCUGAUCCGCGUGUACGAUGGCCAAUCCAGUUCUGAUCCAGCCAUCAGGAUCAUUUGCAACGAGGGCAGCGAAGUGGAGAUUUUAUCAACCGGAUCUGAGCUGUUUGUGGAAUUUAUCGCCAAUUCUGAAGCGCCUGGACAAGGCUUCAAGGCGCGCUAUCAGUUUCAACUGAUGGACGAUUCCAACAUUUUGGACGACCUUAAAUCGAACACACCUGGUAGAUUCGUGCUGCCCACAGCAAUCGAGCCGAAUGUGAGCGAAACACGCUCCAGUUGUGAUAUGAUCAUCAACAGCGAUACCAGCAAAACUGGCGUGAUUAUGAGCCCAUUGUAUCCAUCGCCGUAUCCAUCCAAAACGACCUGCCAGUACGAGUUCCAAGGCAGGGGAAAAGAGUUAGUCCGGAUCAUCUUCCACGACUUCUACUUGCACCAUUUGCCCGGCAAGUCCAAGGAUUGUGAAGGGCAGGAUUUAUUAAACGCCUUCAUACACAUCGACGGUCGCAUGGAGAAAAUCGACUCAUUUUGCGGCACGACCGUGCCGAAGCCGGUGAUGUCGAAUGGGCCGCGAUUAAAGUUGGAAUUUCGCAGUCUGCAUUCAUCCAGAUAUUCCAGAGGAUUCAAUGCGUCGUACAGUUUCACCGAAAAUUUUGGGAUGAAAACUGGUCUGCAGGUCGCAGGCUAUCCAUGUGCCUUUGUACUAAAUAGUAACGAAACGAAAAUGGGCCACAUUCAUAGUCCCAAUUUUCCCGGUUUCUAUCCCAGAAACACCGAAUGCCAUUACUUUUUCUAUGGAAACGCCAACGAGAAGGUUCAUCUACAUUUCAACUAUUUCGACGUUGAAGGAGUUUUACCAUGUGAAGCGUCUUCAGCCAGUGACUACGUGGAGUUUUCCAACUUCAUAGCGCUGGAUCGAAAGUACCAUCGGCAUUGCGGUCAGCUGAAAGAGUUCGACAUCGAAUCCGACCGAAAGUUCUUCCGAGUCACUUUUAAGUCGAAUGACCGACUGGAUGGCAGCGGAUUCAAUGCAACCUACCAGUUUCUCGAUGAAGUCGAAGUGUACAAACCCGUUCCCACAACGAGUGGCGUGCCACAGACUUUAGGAAACCUGUUGAUUCUUCUACUCGUGUACUGCCUGCACUUUUGAACACGUUCAUCCACUUCACUUGACCAUAAAAUCCAUAAGGCGCCCUGGAGAAUGAACCAAAACUUGGGAGCCGAAUGGACGUUAGCUCAAUGUAAUUAGCAUACUAGCACAUUUUCGGAACAAUGUUUUGUUAAAGAGUUCCCUUGGUUGAUGGCCCAAAUGCCCGAAGCGGCGUGGAAACUUUGAAACUUUGCACAUAAAACGUUUUAACUCAAAAAAACUAUUAAGUUGAAAGGUAAGAAAAGUUCAUGAUUUAUGCGAGAAUCGCACCGCAAAGUAAUAAAUACUGUAACACAUAUCUUAGGUUUUAGUCAUAGGACUAAGUAAUGACUAAAUGUUCAGUUCUGYUGGGUUUUUCGUUGAUUUUGUGGUUAAUWUGAGUGUUUGAGGCCUGGGCGCAUAUGGAGUUUUCCGAUUUUUUKUUUAAUCAUGAAAUUGAAAUAUAAUGAGACGUUGAAGCGGAGAAAACGCGAAAAAUCCGGAACGCAGCUUUUGACCAAAAAACGAUCAAGCAUCCWGCAAACAUCAACUUUUUGCUGAAAAGGGCCGCAUUUCAGUGAACUGCUCGUUCUUUUUCAUGCAGAGAUGCAACGAAAUUUUACCUCAAGCCAAGUGAAGCUAAAAGACUAUCUUUUCUUUCAUAACUAUGAAGCAACAUUCUUCGUUUAAGCGUCUCAAAAUGGUGUCCUCAAUCAGUUUGUUAAAAAAAUCUGAAUUGCAAAAAGGGCUAAAACACUCCAAGCCGUUAAUAAAGAGUUUAUACAAAUGGUUUUUAAUGCGGUAACUUAAGCAACGACGACAAAUAAGCGUUAAAAAUAUCCGGGCGCAUUCGCCUUUCUGUCCACGCUAGCCCGAUAAGAAUGCAUAUAAACCAGUAUGAAAACCGGUGUUUGAUUGGCGGAGCCUAUGAAAAUGAAAGCGCAUUUGCUCAUUUUGCAUACAAAAGCAAAUGAACUAAAAUGAAUUUUUGCCUUAUUUUAAAUGCGAUAACCAACACCUGUCGGUCGUUGGCAUUCUUUCAGAUGCGUUCGAUACUUCAAUAUGCUCGUUGCCUCAUUGAAAAUAAGACUUUUUCUUCAUUUUUAUUUGCCCCGUUCAUCCAAUGCAAUAAAUCCACCCUUAAAUGACUCGAAUUUCCAGGCGCAUUCGCCUCAAUAUCCAUAAUAACCGACUAACACAGCUAGUGAAUAAAUAUCGAAAAUCAUCGAUCUGACUAAAAAGGAGAAGAAAAAUCCAUGUAGAGUAUCACCUAUAAUCAAUUAAGCAUAUUUAGACAGAUAAAGAUUUGUUAAAAGCGGCCGCAUCGCUUCCUGCCUGUGUAUUUCGAAUCGGGCCGCACCUUCUUCAUUUGUCUGCGUCUUCGCUCUUUCUUCUCCUGGAUCCAGGUCCGGACGCUCUUCAAGGGCUUGCGAAGAUUCUUAGCGCGAUCCCUUCGGGCAUAGUCAACACCUGGAAAAAAUGGUUGCCCGGAUCAGCCGAAAAUUCAUUAGAGAAAAACUUCCAAGGAAAAAAAUCGAAAAUUUCAGCCAAUUUUUUUGAGCUUUUGAAGCGAAAACCACAGGAACGACAGGCAUAUGCAAAAAAAGAGGGAAAAAGUCUGUCAGGUGUGGGGUUCGAACCCACGCUCCCUUUCGAGAACCAGAGCUUAAAUCUGGCGCCUUAGACCGCUCGGCCAACCUGACUCUAUACUGAAACUUGUGCGAAUAAUAACAAAAAUUACAAACUUUUUGCAAAGAAAUAGAGCUAAACAACACAUAUACUUUCCAUUUCUUUUUCAAUCUUUUUUAUAACCCGUAAAAACACCAAAACUCACCAUCUGAAGCCCCUUCAGUCCCCAAUCCUUUAGGCAGCGCCACGCUUCCCCCCGUCAUCAGCACCAAAUAAAACUUUUUCGCUUUGGUGGAAUUGGGGUAAUCAACCACGACGCCCCCAAAGAACCCCGCCUUCAUUGCCUGACUCGUCACCAGUUCCAUUUGGGCCCCAUUUUCCGGGUAAAACUGCAGAACCGCUCUGGCCGACCUACUC